AUGCCUGGUUUCAUUGGUUGCAACCCAAAAAGUGGCGACUCGAGAGCAAACGACGUGAUGAACGAGAUGGCGGCAUACGAUCUGCCUGAGAAGAAGUACGCCUAG